AAACAUUAUCAACAAUAAUAGCAUAAUUAGAAAAUUUUAGGAAAAUUAAUACAAAAGCCUAAACAUGUUAACUAACAAAAUGCUACUGCAUACGUACGCGUAUAAAUAAAUAAAUGAAUAAAUAAAAAUAAGGCAACAAACACAUCAACAUUCAACGCUCUGCUUGUUGAGUUUUAUAUAGAGAACAACAAUUGGUUCUGGGAGCAAGAAUUUAUAAUAAAAUGACUGAUCAUAGAUCGAAUUGUAAUAAUAUUGAAAAUGGUAUAACGACGUCAGCUAAACAAAAGCGUCAUGAGAAAGAUCAAGCAGAAAUUACUGAAGUGGGUUUGUCAGACUUGAUGUUAGAUGAAUUGUACACAUCAUACUCAUUAAAACAACGAAGUGGAGGUUUAAAAUGGUUUUUUUUCGCCUGUCUUCUAUUUGAUAUAUGGUCCCUAUGUAUACCCUAUGAACAGGAUAUGCAAGCAAGAGUCGCUGUUCUGAUUAUACUCGUUAUUACGAUAUUCUAUGUGAUCAUAUUGCAUAUUGUGAAACGUUUCGGACAAUCGGAAUCGGAGUCGGGUGGCAGUAGCGUAUUGCUUUUGUUGGUGGCAGAUUGGUCACCGUUUUUCCUUUGGACCUUUUGCAUUUUGCAAUUAAGCGUUUAUUGUCUUCUGCAAACAUCAUUAUCCGUAAGAGACAUUUUGGGUUGGGCCAUUUUGCUUAAUUUUUUAAUUUAUGUAACGUUACCCGUUGCCCUUUUCUACGGCGGCUGCUUUAUGGGUUUUACAACUUUCAUAAUCUACGCAGUGUUAUUACUCACAACGACACGGGACGAUCCUAUGUAUUACGAAAUGAUUAUGGCUAAUAUUGUGCUCGUAUUAACUGGUGUUCUAAUUGGUUUACUGUAUUAUGCGAUGGGUGAAGCGAAACAUAAGCGCGCCUUUUUGGAGGCGAAAAAAAGUCUAGAAGUGAAAAUGAUUAUCGAAGAGCAAUCGGCUGAACAAGAGCGUCUAUUGCUUUCGGUAUUACCCAAACAUGUCGCCGUUAAAAUGCGACAAGAUUUGGGUUCGACUAGCUCGGAGCCGUUUAAGAAGAUCUACAUGAGUCGCCAUGAAAAUGUAAGCAUAUUGUAUGCAGAUAUUGUGGGUUUUACCGCCAUCUCGUCAACGUAUAGCGCUCAGGAUCUAGUGAAAAUGUUAAAUGAACUUUUUGCUCGUUUCGAUAGAUUGGCUGAGAAGUACCAACAACUACGUAUAAAAAUUUUAGGUGAUUGUUAUUAUUGCAUUAGCGGGGCACCAGACGAGAGAGCAGAUCAUGCCGUACUCUGUGUGCACAUGGGUUUGUCAAUGGUAAAGGCCAUCAAAUAUGUACAGCAAAAAACAAAUUCACCUGUUGAUAUGCGGGUCGGAAUUCAUACGGGGGCGGUUCUUGCCGGUAUAUUGGGGCAGCGUCAAUGGCAAUUCGAUGUCUAUUCGAAGGAUGUCGAGUUAGCUAAUAAAAUGGAAUCAAGCGGAAAAGCUGGACGCGUUCAUAUUUCGGAUAAGACUUUAGCUUUUCUAAGUGGUGAAUUCGAAGUUGAACCCGCCUAUGGGGAGAAACGUGAAGAAGCCCUACGUAUAGCUGGUCUUAAAACUUAUUUCAUAACAAAAGUUGUAAAACCUUUUGCUUCUCCGAGUUCAAAAAAAACCCACGAAACCGAAAACUAUCCCGAUACACUUGACGAAGAUUUUUUACCUGAGACCUCUUCAACAUCUAAUGGCCAACAAAAAGAGCAAAUUGAAGAAACCUCCGAAAUAUCAGAUAAACAAACAAUGUUCAAGGAACGCCUACAAGAGGAAUUAAUAGCCAGAGAUUUUCACGAAAAUUUAUCAAACGAUACGACAAUAUUUCUGAAAUUUAAAACUAAAUCGCUCGAAGAUACUUAUGCAAUUUAUCGAGAACCGUACUCUUCAGUACCACUGUUAGCUGCACUUUUGGUACAAAGCACUGAUAUCCUCUACUCCUACUUUAUAUUGCCAAGAUCACCGUUGCACUUUGUUAAUAUUGCUGCCCCAUUAGUACCGAUCUUUAUGCUGGUAUUCAUAUCGAUAGCUGAAAGUUUUCCCAGUUAUUUACCGGAAUUUUUUGUUAGCAUCAGUAAACGCUACAAUGAUUUUACUAUGGUACGCGAACUAACCGCCGUCAGCAUAGUUUUGAUGAUUGGUCUCAGUAAUAUCAUCGAUAUGUUCUUUUUUGUGACUUUCAUCAAGUCGGAGCAUAUUGUCAGUGAAAGUGUCUUCAAUCAGACUCAAAGCGAAGAGGACUUUUUGAAAGCCGAACCAAUGGUAGAUGCCACACCCGAACCUUUAGAUAAUGUCAUGUAUCCGUCGUAUUUAAGCAAUUUUGCUGUUUUAAUUCUAAUUGCCACCGCCGUAAUUGCUCAGUUAACACAUGUGACAAAAAUCAUUUUAAUGGUUUUCAUAACAGUCCUACACUGCUACUUCAAUAUAUUUGUCCUAACAGAUCUUUAUACACUAGAGGAUGAUUUGACUUUUAAUCCUACUAUACCGAUCAGUUAUAGUGUUUCCGGUAUAUUAUUAGUCGCUGCUUUAGCUUUAUCCUUUUUGGCUAGACAUAUGGAUCAUGAAGAUCGUGUUAUAUUCAAGUGGAAAACUGAAGUCAUUGAACAGAAAGAAAAAGCUAAUGAUAUGCGUCAGCGUAAUGAAGCUCUAGUUUACAACGUUUUACCAGUGCAUGUGGCCGAGCAUUUUAUGAAAAACACGAAACGUUCUCACGAUGAUUUGUACUCACAAAGCUAUGCUGAAGUCGGUGUAUUAUUCGCUUCGAUGCCAAACUUUUCAGAUUUUUAUUCUGAAGAAACCGUUAAUAACCAAGGUUUGGAAUGUUUACGAUUUCUAAACGAGGUCAUUUCAGACUUUGACGCGCUGUUGGAACUGCCGCAAUUUCAAGACAUUAUAAAAAUUAAAACGAUUGGUUCUACUUACAUGGCGGCUAGCGGCAUUAAUGUUAACCGUGAUAUUAAACCAGAAGAUUCUGUCAAGAAAAGAUGGUCACAUUUGGCUGUACUAGUCGAAUUUGCUUUAGAAUUAAAAAACGCUUUACAAGGCAUCAAUGAGCAGUCUUUUAAUCAUUUUGUACUGAAGAUGGGCGUUAACCAUGGACCUAUUACGGCUGGCGUCAUAGGUGCCAGAAAACCACACUACGACAUAUGGGGAAAUACGGUAAAUGUGGCCUCCAGAAUGGAAAGCACCGGUAAAGCCGGUUGCAUACAAGUCACCGAAGAGACUUGCAACAUACUUCAAGAAUUCGGCUAUACAUUUUUGCAAAGGGGUCUAGUCAGUGUUAAAGGAAAAGGUCAAUUAAUGACCUAUUACUUACAGGGUAAGUCCGGGACAGAUGACCGUACUGAUGAUUUAACAAAUGUAAACAAUGCUAGCCUGGAAGGUACUACGGUGGAAGUAGAAGUAAAUACCAAACAAAUUGAGGAGACUGAAGCAGAUAUGAAAACUCCAUUGUUGAACUUAAAAACGAAUGGUAGUACCUUCAAGCCUUCUAGUCCAGGUGGUCAAAGUUGUACUGGUGAAGGUGAAAAGGAGGCUUUAAUAAAUUAAAAAUAUACAUAUAUAUGUACCUUCAGAAAUUUAUUGGAAA